AUGGCUAUCGACAGCCGGAAUUUCUUCAGAAGUCACUGCGCUGUCUGGAAAAUACUUGGUCUUACUCAUGACCAGGUGACUUGGAAGAAACUAUACAUUUCCGUCACAAUCGUGUUCCACCUUUUAAUAACUAUUGGCUAUCCACUGCAUUUGGGCAUGUCGGUAUUUCGCAAUGGCAACCUCACAGAUGAUAUUAAAAGCGUUACGUUUAUUGCCACUUACGGCGCCUGCUCCCUGAAGUUUAUCAUAUACGCCUACAACUUUGACAAACUCAGGAGAAUGAAAGAACUGCUGAUGCUACUGGACUUGCGAGUAAAAAGGCCGUUAGAGAUGGACAUUUACAACACGUUGAGAUCUCAGAUUCGUGCAAUUCUUUAUAUGUUUACUGGCUUGUGGGUGACCUGUGCAAUGUCGGCUGAGUUGGCCUUUAUACUGCAGGAUGGAUGCGAACUCAUGUACCCUGCCUGGUUUCCAUUCGAUUGGCGAAAUUCCUCGCGUAACUUUUAUCUUGCCAACUUGUAUCAAAUCUUUGGCUCGUGCUACCAAUUAAUGCAAAACUAUGUGAACGAUUGUUUUCCCAUCAUUAUGUUGUGCAUUAUAUCAGCCCACAUAAAGAUGCUCUACAUUCGAUUCGAGCAAAUCGGAGUCGAUGAGUCAGAGGAUGUUGUUUUGGAAUCUCAACUGGAGGCUUGUAUAACGGAUCACAAACGGUUGCUUGAACUUUUUCAGACCAUGGAGUCCUUCAUGUCCUUGCCUAUCCUCAUCCAAAUUGUUGUCAGCGCCUUGAAUGUCUGCGUUAGCAUUGCUGGUGUGCUCUUUUUUGUAACUGAGCCUAUGUCACGUACAUAUCUAGUGUUUUACGCAAUAGCAAUGCCCAUACAGAUCUUUCCCACCUGCUACUACGGAACAGACAAUGAGCUUUGGUUUGGGAAACUUCACUACGCAGUGUUUAGCUGCAAUUGGAUCAAACAGAGUCGAAACUUCAAGAAAAAACUUAUGCUGUUUGUGGAAUGUUCUCUGAAGCAGAAAACAGCCAUGGCGGGUGGAAUGGUACGCAUUCAUGUGGAUACCUUUUUUUCUACGCUCAAAUUUGCCUACUCCCUAUUUACAAUCAUUUUGCGAAUGCGAAAGUGA